AGGUCAUGCAACUAUAACAAGAACGACGUCUUCUCAACAUUCCUCAGGUACGACACUUCCAUGUUCACGGGAUCACAGUGGGAGGGCUCCCACGCCCCCGUCUGGCCCUUCACCCUGGACUACGUACCCAGCGUCGACUACUGCCAGCAUGGACCGUGCCCCAAGAAACAGUACCCAGGCAUGUGGGAGAUCCCGGUCCAACGCUGGUACGGUCUGGACGGACAUUCAUGCGCUAUGCCUGAUGGCUGCAGCGCUACAGGAGACGCCGAGGAGACUCUGGAAUACCUCAAGUCCAACUUCAGACGAUACUACAACUCCAACAGAGCCCCGUUCGGCAUCUUCGUGCACGCCAGAUGGUUCUCCACCGAACACACCCUUGACGGCCUUGACCGUUUCCUUGACUACCUGUUGACCUUGGACGACGUAUACAUCGUGACCCCCAGCCAGGUGGUGGAAUGGAUGAAGAAGCCUACGCCACUCAGUGGAAUCAACGGGUUUGAGCCUUGGAGCUGUCAGGGUGGCGCAAAUGACGUGUGGCUGGAGGCCAAGAAGUAGAGAGAGUUCUUUCCCUUUGUGUUCCAAUCCAAGUCACCGCUGAUUUUAAAUAUUAUCGACUUCAUUUUUGUCAUUUACAAUGCACAGUUCCUUCAGUAAAGCAUGCCCAUCUUCACUUAA